UUUUUUUUUCUCUCUCUCUCUCUCUUUUAUUCCAUCACUCUUCUCAAUCUUUUGGAUUCAGUUCGUCAAUCCUUUCUUGCUUCAUCAAUAAUCACUUGCAUCUGCAUCUGUCUCUCACUCAUACACUUUCUCUAUCUAUCUCUGUCUUUCAUUCUCUCAUCCCCAUUUCCUCUUCCUUUCUGUUGACCAACAACAUUACAAUACAUUCACAAGAUGGAUCGCAAUACGGUCCACUUGUAUGAAGCCUUGGGGGUGCCAAAAACUGCUACCCAGGAUGAAAUCAAAAAAGCUUACAGACGAUUGGCACUGCGCUACCAUCCUGACAAAGUCAACGUUGCUGAGCAUCCCGACCAUGAAACGAAGUUUCGAGAAAUUGCUGCGGCCUAUGAAGUUUUGAGCGACCCAAAGAAGAGACAAGUAUACGACAAAUAUGGAAUGAUGGGUGUACAGAUGGCAGGCACGGAGAUUGGAGCACAACUGAUGGAGAUUGAGUCUCUCCUCUGUACUCUUUUCUUCUCUCUCUCUGUCCUCCUCAUUCUCGCCAUUAUCUUCUUCAGUUUCUUAUCAGUCCGCGUGGAUGGCAAGGUCAACUGGAACUACUAUGUUGUAUUCAUCCCACUCUGGAUUUUGGAUAUGAUUUUGAUGGCUCUGAUUAUUAGCCAAGCCGCACGACCUAUUAAUGAUGAGGAAGAGGAGCACCACGAGGAAAACGAUGGAGAUACGACACCUAUGGCGCAGGAAGAACGCAAGGCUCAAAAACUCAAGGAAAAGAAGCGUGCAAGGAUUAUAGCAAGUGGGUUUGCACUAACACUUGUAGUCCUGGCUAUUAUCUUUCAAGUGCUGAUUGUCAGAAAGGCGAACGACAGCAGCAGCAUCUCAGCGCCCACCGUCUUCACGCCUUACUUUAUAAUGGAAGCCAUCUUUUUCCUCAUUGCCAUCAUUCAGCUCGCCAUUGGAUUCAGGACAGGAGUAUAUUCGGAACUUACGCUAAAGAGCAAGCUUGUUGUCUUGUUUGAGGCGCUAUGGUGGAAAUUUCUUCGCCUGAUUUUUGCUAUUUUGAUCAUGCUUCGCAUCGACAACAAGAUCAGCUGUUCUUGGGCCAUCAUCUUCAUUCCACUCUACUUUGUUGGUAUAAAAUACUUGGCGCAGCUCAUCAUUGGAUAUCGCUCUUUUUCACAGAUGCAGAACCAGGAGAUGAAGCAGCAAGGACAGUCACUUAUGAUCGUACUUGGAGUCGUCUUCUUGAUUGUGGGCUCGCUUUCAUACUCACUCAUUGGACUCUUGGUGGCAAAAUUGGAUGGACAUAGUUAUCCUGUGGCACGUGUCUUGAUCCCUGUAUUUAUUGUGUUAUCGAUCCUUCUUUGCUGCUCUGGAUGUUGCUUGCCAUGCAUGCUUUUAGCAACCACAGCGGACGACGAAAUGAUGGAGCGCGAGGGAGCGCAAAUUCGAUUGGUAUCGCCCAAUCUUCGUAUCGAAGACGGUAAUUCAUCUACUUCGUCUACUGCUGGUCCAUCCACAUCAAGAGGAUUCGGCCGCCGAUCAAAUAACGCUAGCACUCAUUCUUGAAGCA